AUCGUCAUGUAUAUUGGUGCCAGAUUUAUAGAAUAUUUCAACAUUUACUCUCCAAAUUGCUUUAAGCAGGUCUUCAUUUGAAAUGGAGAAUUAUACUCCUUCCCCUAACGUCACCAAUUUUUCCACUGAUGAUGGUUUAAAAGACUUGGAACAGGAGGAAGGGAUUGACUAUGGAGAAGUCAUGUACACAACAUUUUGCAUCAUAAUAAGCAUUUUAGGAAUUGUGGGCAAUGGACUGGUCAUCUGGGUUACUGGAUUCAAAAUGAAAAAGACAAUGACUACAACUUGGUUUCUCAACCUUGCGAUUGCAGAUUUCUCUUUCUGCCUGUUUCUGCCCUUGAAAUUUAUUGAUGUGGAACUGUGGGUUGCCCAGCCCUUAGAUUGGAUAUUGUGCAAGUUCAGGUAUUUCAUCCAAUACAUAAAUAUGUAUACAAGUGUAUUAUUUUUAACUGUAAUCAGUAUUGAUCGCUGUAUCUGUGUUCUGUACCCAAUAUGGUCAAAAAGCCACAGAAGUUCCAGGUUAGCAGCAAUCAUCUCAGUAAUUAUUUGGAUUUUAUCCAUUGCUCUAAGCUCUCCAUACUUUAUUUUUAGUGAUAUUUCAAAUGAUGAUUCUAUUUUUUAUUGUAUCAACAGUAAAACUCCUUGGACAAAUUUAACCGAGCUUGAUUAUGAAACUUUAGACCUUAUAGAUGAAGCAGCGUCUGUUACUGAAUUUGUGUGCGCCUUCCUGAUCCCCUUUUUCAUCAUUGUUAUUUGCUAUGGGCUCAUUGCUUUCAAGUUGAGAAAAAACAGCCGAAUCCUUGGGUCUGGUCAAACCUUCAAAAUUUUAAUUACAACUGUCCUUUGCUUUUUCUUCUGCUGGGUUCUUUAUUAUUUGGUGCCCAUUAUUACUUUGGUAAAUUCUAAUACUGAUUGGCCUGGUUCAGACUUUCUUUAUCCACUUUCCGAAUGCUUGGCUUUCUCCAACAGUUGUCUCAAUCCAAUAAUCUAUGUCUUCAUUGGCCGGAACUAUAAACAAAUUUUAAGAAAGUCAAUUCCAUUCCUUCUGGAAAGCACAUUCAGAGAGAGAACUGACCCCACAGAAAUUCAGGAAGACGACACUGUAUAAAUAAAUAUUGUGGGUUUGUAUAUCUAACCGAUUUUAGG